AUGAACGCCCCAUUGACUACUGCCGAAGUUUUUCAGUUGAACUCCGUUGCGGGUGGGCUGCGGCCCGGCACAAUCUCCUUUAAGACACUGACGUUGGAGAGCGACAAGUACGUAUGCCUUCGCGACGUGCAGCCGGAUGGGCAGACGUCGCUUGUGAUUGUGGACUUGGAAAAGCGUGAGAGUGUGCGUAACAACAUCCGCGAUGCAGAGUCAGCUAUAAUGAACCCCAAGUCAAAGAUCCUUGCGCUGCGCAGUGGUCGGAACCUCCAGAUCUUUGACGUGGAUGCUGCCAAGAGGCUCAAGGUGGUUUUGUUCACCGAAGAUGUGGUUUUCUGGCGCUGGGUGGAUGACCGAACCAUCGGGGUGGUGUCCAACACAGCCGUGUACCACUGGAGCCUUGACACUGCGGAGGAUGCCAUGCCGGAGCGUGUCUUUGAGCGUGCCCCUGACAUGGGCGCCGCCGUGCAGAUACUAAACUACUGCGCCGACGAAAAGAAGAAGUGGCUGCUGUUGUCAGGCGUGGCGCGAGUGGCGGAGGGAAUGGUGGGGAAGACGCAACUGUACAGCGUGGAGAAUCGUGAUGGCCGGGUCGUUGAUGGACACGCUGGGACCUUCAUCUCGACCAACACGCCCACGGAGCCGCGUGCGUGUAACGUUAUGUGUCUGGCGUGGAACACCCUCCACGAAGGCGGGAGGGUGCAGCUGAUGGAGCUUCCCACCAGCCCCAAGAUGGAUAUCACAAUUCCCCGCCGGGUGGUGGAUGUGCCAUUCCCUCCAGGCGACUUUCCCGUCGCCCUAACGGUUUCCCCGCGGCACAAGCUGCUGACCAUCAUGACAAGUCGCGGAACUGCCAUCCUGAUGGACAUCUUUACCGGAAUCAUCAUUAAAUCCCAACAAGUAACUCCUAAUAUCGUUUUCUGCGGCACAUCGUACGGAAAAACAGGAGGACUGCUUUGCGUCAACAAUCAAGGCUCCGUGUUUCACGUCUCUCCGAAUGACAACGGAAUUGUUCCAUUUGUCAAGGAGCAAAUGCGAAACCCAGAGCUCGCCGUGCGCAUCGCCACUUCCGCCAACUUGGGUGGCGUGGAUGACCUCUACCGCAUGCAGUUGGACAACAACCUUCGCGUAGGGAACAUAGAAGAGGCCGUUCGUGCCUGUUUGCGCGCCCCUAACAAUGCGUUGCGUGUCCCAGAAGUUCUCAACCGCUUUGUGCACUUUCCUCAGUCACCAGGACAACCACCAGCCAUAUCCACAUACUUCAAGAUGAUCCUUGCGGAGACAACGCUGAACGCGCAUGAAUCGAUUGAGCUUGCGCGCGUGGUUGUGCCCAAGGGCGGGUCGACGUACAUCCGGCAACAAUACGAGGCCAACAAGCUCACGGCUAGCGAGGAGCUUGCUGAUGUUGUGGCGCAGGCAGAACCAGACAUGGCAAUGAAAAUGUAUCACAAGGCUGAGGCCCACGCAAAGGUUGUGAACCUCCUGCUGCAACGCAACGAAACCCAAAAGGCGGUGGAGUACUGUAAAAGGGCGGGUUUUUCACCGGAUUGGCGUGUCAUUUUGAAUAAUUUUAUUCGCGUCAAUCCACAAAAUUCCGUGAGUUUGGCGUUGAUGCUCCAUCGUGACAUGGGUGACACCCCGGUCCUAGACCCAAAAGAGGUGGUGGACAUGUUUGUGACGGCGCAGCAGCUGCAGCAGGCGACAGAGUUUCUGCUUGAGGUUCUGCGAGGGAAAAAUGAUGAGUCGACCAAAGAGCUCCAAACGAAGCUGCUGGAAAUAAACUUAAAACACUCCCACCCGUCCGUCGCGGAGAAGAUAUUUGCGCGUGGUGUUUGCCUCCAUUACGAUGGAAUGAAGUUGGCACCCUUGUGUGAGCGGGCGGGACUGCCGCAGCGUGCCAUUGAAUGCUACGUCAUGGCGCAGAACCAGGACCCCGAUCUAGACAACCUCUCCAACAUCCGUCGUUGCCUCUCCCAUGCCCAAAGCUUCAAUCCGGAGUGGUUACUGGAGUUUUUUGGAAAACUCAGUCAGUCCGACAGCAUGAAGUGCUUGGAGGACCUGUUGCAGAAUCACCGUGGGAACUUCAAGGUUAUUGUGCAGAUUGCCGCCAAGUACAGUGAUGCGCUUGGAGCGGACAAGCUUAUCGAGCUCUUUCUCGAGCACAAGCUGUACGACAUUCUUUACUACUAUCUUGGUGCCAUUGUACCCUACACACGAGACCCGGAAGUGCAUUUCCGCUACAUUGAGGCUGCGGCGGAGGUGGGUCAGACGCAGGAACUGGAGCGAAUGACGCGGGAAAGCCCGUGCUACGACCCUGAACGAACGAAGAAUUACCUGAAAAACAAGAAAAUGACAGAUCUCUGGCCCCUCAUCAACGUGUGUGAUCGGCAUGGCUACAUUGAUGAAAUGGUGCGUUACUUGGUUGACACAGACAACGAGGCGCUUAUUGAGCAAUACCUGCAGCGUCGAAGCCCAGGGAAGACCCCGGAGGUGGUGGCGGCCCUCAUCGACUGCAACGUUCGAGAGGAGUUCAUCAAGAACAUUCUCAAUGCUGUAGGCACCAUGUGCCCCAUUCCUGAGUUGGUGCAGGCUGUGGAGGAACGGGGUCGUCUGCGUCUUAUUCAAGGAUGGCUGGAGGCCCGUUUGGCAGAAAAGAAGACGGAUGCGGCACUUCACAACGCUCUGGGAAAGUUGUAUGUGGACACCGACAACCACGCCGAAAAAUUCUUGAUGGAAGAUGCCUACUAUGAACCAUUAGUCCUUGGACAGUACUGCGAGAACCGUGACACAAACCUCGCCUACAUUGCCUAUCGCAAGGGGCACUUAAGUCAGGAGCUGGUGCAGCUGACUAUGAAGAAUGGCAUGUGGAAGCAGCUUGCUCGCUAUCUUGUGCAGGAGAAAAAUCUUGAGCUUUGGGCGUCAACGCUGCAAAAUGAUACCAAGGAUCGUGAUCGCCUUGUGGAGGCCGUACAACAAACCGCCCUGCCGGAGUCGGAAGUGGAUGAGGAGGUCAGUACCACCGUUCGGGCGUUUAUGAAUGCAGGGAUGACGCAGGAGCUGGCGUCAAUUCUGGAUCAAAUUGUGGUGCGAGGUCGCUUUAGGAAGAAUCGUUUCCUAGAGAAUCUUCUCAUCAUGACCGCCGUCCGCUCCCGCAAGGACAAGUUGAUGGAGUAUGUCAUGACACUAGAGAAUUACGACGCCAAGGAGGUUGCUAGCAUAGCUAUCAAUGCCGAGAUGCCUGAAGUGGCCUUUGCUGUCUAUGACAAGAACGAGAUGAAAAAGGAGGCGGCGACGGUGUUGCUGCAAAAUCUGAAAGAUGUCUCCCGCGGUCGCUCCUACGCUCAGAAGUGUGAUCACCCCGCAGUCUGGUCCGAGCUUGGGAGGUACUUGCUUGACGUCGAUGAGGUGCAUGAGGCAAUAGAGGCACUUAUUCGAGCAAAGAAUCCGAACUUUGUGGACGCAGUGACCGCGGCGGCGGAUCGCAACAACGAGUUUGGCGACCUCAUCAAGUACCUCAAUAUGGCUCGCGUAGAAUCUCGUACAAAGGACAACAAAAUCGAUACGGCGUUGGUGCUUACAUACGCCAAGACAGGUCACCUAACGGAGUUGGAAGAGUUUCUGAAGGAGACCCACAAUGUGCAGGUUCAGCAAGUGGCAGAUAAGUGCUUCGAUGAUGGACUUUACGACUCCGCGCGUGUGUUGUACACCUUGGCGUCCAACUUUCCCAAACUGGCGGUGACAUUGGUGAAGAUGAACAAUCUACCGGCAGCUGUAGAUGCCGCGCAAAAGGCAAAAUCACGGAAAACAUGGACAGCUGUGAAUAUUGCCUGUAUUGAGGCGAAUGAGGUUAAACUGGCCAACAUUUGUGCUGUUCCUCUUGUAUUAGAAGCCGAAAUGUUGCAGGGCGUCAUGGAUCGUUAUGAGAGACAUGGACUCUGGGAGGAAUUGUUCUCCGUGCUCAAAACGGCGUCCGCCACAACAGGGGCCCACAUGGGCAUCUUUACGGGGAUGGGACUGAUUUUGGCGAAAUACAAGCCUGAAAAGCUACUCGAGCAUGUGAAUAUGUACGCCAAGAAAAUUAACACCCACAAAAUGAUUUCUGCAUGUGAGCAGUACCAUCUGUGGUUGGUGCUUCGAGUGUUGCACGUCAACAAUGAGGAUUGGCUUGCCGCCGCAACGACGAUGAUGCAACACUGCGUCGAUGCCUGGGAUCAUGACAUUUACAAGAGUGUGGUGAGCCACUUGGGGUCCAGCGACGUGGUGUACAACUCCAUCCCCUUUUACAUUAAAACCAACCCCCAACUCCUCAACGACUUUCUCAUCAGCAUGUUUAAGGCGCUGGACCCCGAGCGUGUCUUGCUGGAGGUGCAGAAGAUCGCCCCUGUCCACUUUAUUCGUCAAUAUCUAGAGUCUGCCCAGGAGCGCAACUCGAGACUGGUGAACGAGGCAAUUAACAAACUCUACAUGGAGGAUGAGGACUUUGUUGCGCUACGCAACUCGGUAGAGCGCUUCGAUAACUUUGACUCUGCCGAACUAAGCACUCAGCUGGAAAAGAUGGAACUGUUUGAGUUCCGCAAGAUUGCACUCUAUCUGCACCGACGUAACAAGCGCUACACGCACGCCAUUGCGGUGGCGAAGGCGAACAGGCUCUUCCAGGACGCCAUCGAAACUGCCGCCGAGAGCGCCAACCCGCAGAUUGUAGAGGAUCUUCUUGACUUCUUCGUCGUGGACCACCCAGAGUGCUUUGUCUCCUGCCUCUACACGUGCUACGAUCACCUCACGCCUCAGUCCGUGAUGGAAAAAGCCUGGCUCAACAAGCGCACCGAACUCGCGAUGCCGUACUUUAUUCAGGUUAUUCAGGACUACACAGCCAAACUGUCGCGAUUGGAGAAGUCCAUGACGGACGCCCAACAAUCUGCGAAGGAAGCGGCGAGGCGAACAGGGCCUUUACAUGCGGCUGGAGAGGCCCCUCUCAUGAUCCGAGCAGGGCCACCAAAUCCAAUGGGCGGGGCUGUCCCGAUGCCGAUGCCGAUGCCGAUGCCGAUGCCGAUGAUGGGGAGUGCGCAGCAGGGCAACUACGGUCCCCCACCGCGGUUCGGCACCGGACGGAAUUUCUGA